UAAAUCCGCGGCGUUUAACGCGUCUGCUGUAAAAAUAACCGGCGGCUUCACAAACCCUCCCCGGCUUUAAAUGGCAAGUUCCUACGUGACCGCAAACGGAAUGGGGCGCUCUCCUCCCCAGGAGGUGACAGGCGCCAGAGGAAUGCAGAGCUUUAAACUUGCUGCUGGUUGUCAUCCUCAUUUGGAUGAGGAAGCAAGGUGAGAGGUUGGCUGCUGAGACUCUGGAUAGGAACCCAGUGACUGGAACGCCAGCUGAAAAGCUAACAGUUGCCUGAUUGUUCAUUUGGAGACCUGGAGGUGAUUCGUAAUUUAAAAAUUGUAAAGGGCAACAAGAAGAACUUGUAGAGUUGAUGUAACAAUUGUUUCUAUGUGUCCAUGCCCUCCAGAUGGUGCCCUGAUACUUCAACUGAGAACAAAAUGAUGAAUGAUCAGGAGGAAGAGGAAUUCAUCACUGUACGAGUGCAGGAUCCACAAAUCCAAGAUCAGAGUUCUUGGGCCUCCUACGUGGAUUAUAAAAUAUUCCUCUAUACAAACAGUAAGGCGUUUACUGUGAAAACCUCCUGUGUACGAAGGCGGUAUCGAGAGUUUGAGUGGCUGAGACGUCGGCUGCAGAAGAAUGCUGGACUUGUAUCUCUCCCGGAACUGCCGGGCAAGAAACCAUUUCUCCAAGUUAAUGACACUGAAGGUAUAGAGAGGAGGCGACAGGGUUUGCAGCAAUUUCUGCAGAAGGUUCUGCACACUACAAUCUUUCUGUCCGACAGUCAGCUCCACCUCUUCCUUCAGACACAGCUGUCAACAACUCAGAUCGAGGCUUGUGUUCAGGGUCACACUUCCUUCUCCGUCAACGAAGCCAUCCUGAACAGUGCCAAAUGCGGAAAGAGCAUCGCGCGCGGGGAGGAGGCAGAGGCGCUCGGGCCUAUUGGCUACGAGUGUGAAAGCUCACCCUGUCACACUGUGGAGAACAGCAUCAAAAGCACGUCAGAGAUCUCUGAGUCUCUGGAAGAGCCAGCUGCCUCAGGAAGGACAUGAGGUCCAUGUUGGAAUGAAAUAUUCUGCAUGAUUGUGAACCCACCCCAGUCGUCGGACUGCAGUGAUGUCCUGACACUCUUGUUGUCAAAAGACUUAAAAUAUUGACUGGAUUAAACACCGGCUGUGUGUGUGUGACCCUGAGAAACACAGCACUGAAACACUGGACUGUUACCUUGGGAAACUGACUAUGACUUGAUUGGUAUUCAUUUGUCUCAGUAACAGAGGAGCAAAAGUAGUUGGGGAAGGAAUUUGCAGCAAGUCCCAGAACGUCUUCUUCUGCAGGUUGCUUGUGAUGGUUGUAGGAGUUCCCAGGAGAGGUACCAUACAAGCCGGAUGCCCCGUAUUCCAGGGAGGAUGACGUUUUGCUUUUGUCACCUCCCAAGAUGAACGGUCCCAGAACACUCCCGCUAACCUUCUACCCUCUGCAAACACCAGCUCACGCCGAAUCCUGCUGACCCGCCCCUACAUCAUUUCUUUCACUCAGCACUCCUCAUUCUCGCUGUUGGGCUCUGGUUUGGUCCAACAAUGCCUCCAGUUUAAAACGUUCAUCUAUGUGCUCAGCUCCCACCACACUUCCCCCCCCCCAACCCCCACCAUUGCUGUCAAAUCCUCCAGCCCAGAGACCCACUGAGAUCUCUGCACUCCUCCAGUUCUGAGCUUUUAUGGAUCCUGAUGUGAAUCAUUCCACUGAUGUCUGUGCCCACAGCUGCAGAGACCUUACGUUCCGAAUUUCCCCCCCACACCACCCCGCCUCUCACUACCCCUUUCAGACAUUGUUUGAAAUCAUCUGCAGUCCGGUUUGUUUCUCUGUUAUUUGAAAUCUACCUCUUUUACCAAACUUUGGCUGCCUGUCCUCCUAUCCCAUGACAGGUUAACAGCGUUCCUGUGAAAUACCUUGAAAUGUGUUGCAUUAAAGUUGUCUGUUCUUGUGAGAAGCUAAUUGUGAGUUUAGCAAUGUAAAAUGCUUGAACCCUGUACAACUGUGUGUGUGUGUGUGUGUGUGUGUGCGUGCGUGCGUGUGUGUGUGUGUGAGGGGGUGAGGUGGAACGAUAUUUUACAAAAUCACUUUGAGGUGCCUUCUGUUUGCUAAAUGCUUUGUUUCUCUUUGAAGACUGGAAGCACAAAGACUCGUGUAGUUCUGAACUCAUGUGGACAACAGAGAGACAAGUUGUCACUGCUGGGUCUACAGAGGGCAGCUGGUAGAAGAAAGAUCAGGUCUCAGAGCACCCUGCAGCCGGUGAAGUGUAGUCAGUGUUGUAAUGUAGGAGACCCAGUAGGCGCUUUGCACACAGCAAGAUCCCACAAACAAUAUAUGAUAAAAGGCAUUAGUAAGGUUGGUUGUAUUGGCCAGGAGACAGUCCCGUACUGGGAGUGCCUGUCUUGGUUUCUGCUGAACCAGCUGCAUUCCCUUCCCACCUGGAACUCUUCGAUCGUGUGAAGAAAUGAAAGUUUAAGUAGAGUUGUAAAACACCACAACGGAGGAUCUGGUUGAUGCACCUCUUCAGUUUGAACAAGAGUUCAGCAGAUUUCAACAGAGCUUGUAGCAAACUAGACUGUACCAAAAUCCAUAAAAGGAUCCACAGUAUUCGCUGACAAGGUAUCGCCAGUUUAAUCCAACUACAACUGUAAUUGUGUGGAAGACAAAUGCUGCUUCUGUGUUUUGUUUCAGAGAAUGAGUCUGCUGCUUAAAUAAAAAGAA